GCUGCCCACUUCUUAAAUCCAGAGUUCUUUUAUGACAACACUGACUUGGAGUUUGAUUUUGAGGUCACCAAUGGUUUGUUUGAGUGCAUUAAGAAGUUGAUUCCAUAAUUUGAUGUGCAACAGAAAAUUCUAACCGAGUUGCAUCUUUACAAGAUUGGUGCUUACCACUUUGGUUCCGACUUUGCAAUGGCUCAAAGGAAAACCCAUUCUCCUACAUAUUGGUGGCGAAUGUUUGGGUCACAAACUCCAAAUUUGCAGAAGCUAGCUAUUAAGAUUUUGAGUUUGACUUGCAGUGCUUCAGGAUGUGAAAGAAAUUGGAGUGUGUUUGAGCAAAUUCAUUCCAAAAAAAGAAAUAGGCUUGAGCACAAGAGGUUGCAUGAUUUGGUGUUUGUCAAAUACAACCAACAAUUGAAGCCAAGAUAUAAUGCAAGAGAUGAAAUUGAUCCAAUUUCUCUUAAUGAUAUUGAUGUAUGCAAUGAAUGGCUCGUGGGAGAGAUGGAUCAAGAUGAUGAUAAUGAUGCUGGAAAUGAUUUGGUAUUUGAAGAUGAUGAUGCUCUAAAUUGGGCAACUGUGUAUCAGGCUUCGGGGGUUGGAGAGUGUAGGAUGUAUACUAGGCGGAAAAAGCAAAAAACAAGUGUUGAUGUUGCCCAAACUUCUAAAAAAUAAGCAAUGGUUGUUGGAUCUUCAUCAAGGAAGCAAAAAGCAGUCCAAGAAAAUGAUGAGGAUCUAGAUGUUGAGGAGAAUAUUGAUGUUGAAUCUGAAGAAGAAGAAAUCAUGGUCAAUUUUGAGGUGUCUGAUGGGGAAGAGGGAGAGGGAGAUGCUUCAUUACCAUAUGAUAACAACGAAGAUGAUUAUGUUGGGAUUGGAGAAGAUGAUUAGAGCCUCAACCUUCACUUUGCACUUUGCAUUAUGUUUUUAUCAUUUUCUUAUUUUGAACUCUUUAAUGAGUUUAUUUGGUGUUGGUACUUGAUUAUUGUAUGAACUCAUGAAACUUUUUUAGUUUAUUUGAAUGCAAUCCUUUGUUUUUUUCAAUUUCAAUGAGUUUAUAUAUAUGUUUUUUUUUGUCCGCCAUAACAUCCGCCAUUUUCCGCUACGCCAUCCGCCAUAUUUUUAUGGCGGAUUUUUGACUUUCCGCCAUGAACCGCCAUCCGCCAUUAACA